AUGGCCUCUUCAGCGCCAUUCGCGAAACGGUCCCUCUCUGAGCAAGGACCUCCGGGCGAUGAUCCGCUAAGCUCGCCCGUGAAACGGCGCCGGGUCAAUUCCGCCGAGGAUAUGCCCAUUGAGACAAAUAUCAUGCCAGAAGGCCUCGGAGACCUCAUACCCCGAACGAUAUCAGAAACAGAGGCCUCGAUCGAACGUGCCUCUAGCUUAAGAAGUUCAUUCAGGGAUGACAACUUGACAAUAGAAUGCAAUUGCUCACCAUUGCGCGGUCGAUCCGACUAUCGUGUCUGGCGCCACAAAAUGAGCCUAAUUCUGAGUCGCAAUCUACUUUUGGAUUUGGUUGAGGGCAAAAUCGGUCAACUUCCUCGAUCACAUUACUUGGAAAGGCAAUUAGACAACCUGAACGAGGUGGCCAGGGAAAUCAUUAAUACAAACCUUUCUCCCACUACCAGGCUGAUUGUUCGCAACAUUCGAAACCCACAGAAGAUGUGGGAGAAGCUGGAAAAACACUGCAAACCUUCUGAUUGGAGUACGGUGCGAUCUGGCUGGCUUGAGUUGCAGAAUAUCAAAUACAGCCAAUGUUAUGAUAUCUGGGAGUACGUGCAUAAGGUUGACGAUGCAUGGAGAUGCAUCUGCCUUGACCGGGAAGAUAUUCUUGAAAAACACGAAUUUGCGCGUUGUGCUAGCCUCAUGUGCUCCUUGGAUACACCCAAGUGGGAAACUUGGAAGAUGGGGUUUCUCUCUAGCCGCAAUAUUAAUAUGCCGAGCUGGGCAGGCUUGGUGGAGAGCUUGACCUCAGCUGAGGACAAUGGCAUUGUGUCUGAUUUGAUUGGCAUUGCAAUCUGA